UUACGCUUAGUUGGAGCUAAGUCCUCAAAUACAAAGAUACAUUAUAUAAUGGAGAUAAUGGAGAUGGCCGUUGGUAAAAUGGCGGUUUAUGUGACUGAGUCGAGUACGGGUGAGAUUCUGGAAGGAAUCUCUUGACUGCUUGCCCUUGAUAAGAGCAUGCGACUGCCUGACUGCACUUUAACCCUGUCACUAGAGUCGAUACGAACCUCAAAUCUCAUCUGCCUUUUCUCAAGAUAGUCCGCUAUAUCGACCGCGUGAAGAUGGAUCUCCUGGAUCUCUCCAGCACCUCGUCCGAGGACUCCAUGGACGCCAAACCAAAAAAGAAAACUAAGCGUAGGGGUCCUCGCCUUACUGGUGUCAGCAAACAGAGACGUCUAGCAAACGCGCGCGAACGGAGCCGAGUGCACACUCUCAACGCGAAUAUCGACCGCCUUAAGGAUAUUCUACCGCUAUUCCCAGACGAGAAACCGUCCAAGACGGAGACCAUAAGGAUAGCGGCCGUGUACAUCGCACACUUGACCGAGCUCCUGGAGAACACCGAGAAACCCGCGGUGGAGUUUGAGCCUCCUCCCUUUGAAGACUUUACUUUUCCAACAUUUAAUUUUGACCCUUUUGGCGAUCCCGGAGAAUUAAUCGACCUGUUUUGGGGAGAAACCUGAAGAGGUGUGCGUGAAGACAAGUUAUACGCGCCACAAGGAUAUGGAACUUCUCGGCUGGCCCGACACCAGAUCCAACUUAACAAUGGGCGCUUCAUAACGAAUGGAAAUCAAGAAAAUAUAAUCAAAGUCAUUAUACAUAGUUAUAUAUAUAUUAGAGUUAUUUAAAAAAAAAGAAGAAAAAAGAAUUAGACAAAGAUUGCGUAGGUAAUAAGUCAUUUCUUUCUUUACCAGAAAGCUUUCACUUUAUUUGUCGUAUUAGAAUGUCCGAAUGGUGACGUAACUUAGUUCGCAAAUAAUAUUACUCUAGGUUUGUUAAAAACUCCUUUAAACUUUUGUAAAGAAAUUUGAUUUUUGUUGUAAAUUUGGUACACAUUAACGGUUUGUGAUGUAUCAGUAGCUAAUAGACCAGGAAUAAAGGUCAGAUUUGUAAUGAGAGAACUCUAAAUAAGGUUUUAGAGGUCCACGAUGUUAAAAGAUGUUUUUCCUUUUCAAUGAAAACUUUCGUAUGGUUGAUAUAACACCAAGUUUAUACGUUGUAAUUUAGUUAUAGUAAUCGUUGUAGAAUAUAGAUACCUGACGGGCAUCGAGUAGUAGGACAAAAUUGUUAUAUGAAAAACUUGCCGGAUCUUAUACUAACCAAGGGUCUUCUUUGUAAAAAAAAAAUCCUAUAUAAAGCACUUACCUUAAAUGAUGUAUGCUUGUAUUUUAAAGCUCCAAAAUGACCCUAACUUGCUUAAUCUAAUACAAAUUCUAAUCAUGCUAACAAAAUUGGUAUGCUUUAACUAUACGUCGGCUUUUAUUUGAAAAAAGAAAAAAAAACUUUGCGGGAAUAUGUAUUUGUCGGCCCAAGGGUUGAAUGAAAGAGGAAUCCCUGGUAGCCCUGUCAAUAUAUUUGUAACUGGGUGGCAUGUAUCUAUAAGAACGGAUAACCAACGUCCGCUCCAUAUGAUAGCAGGGCCUAGUAAUCAGGUCACCGGUCCGCAACGACUACCGCAUGAUAUAUUCAUUGUGUCUGCGCCUGCACAGGAGAUCCAUAAGCUGGCCCACGUCUCCAGACCAGGGAAACAUAUAAACUUUCGAUAACUACAGAAUGUAACAAUAAAACGAAUAUUAUUUUUUAAAUAAAAUGCGUAGCUUACA